ACGCGGUCACACUGGUGCAGAAAUUAGAAAUAAAUUAAGUAAUUGUGCGGAAUAAAAACGAGCGUGCGGCCGAUGCGAUAACCGCGACGCGACCCACCACACCCGCACACCGCCGAUUCCGCGCCGACAUGCAGCGCCGCAGCCGCCGAUCACGCAAAACGCAGCAGCAGCAGCAGCACCAGAAGCAGAAACAACAAUAGCAGCAGAGCCACACAAACCGCAGUGUAGUGACAGAAUCAAAUCUAAUUAUAACAAAAAGAAAGAAAAAGUGCAAGCCGAGCCGCACACACAUGGGCACACACCCGCACUCGGACCCACACACGGACGGCGCUUAAUUAGUGGCGAAAAACUAACGAUUUUCGGGGCAGCGGCAGUGGCAGCGCAGUAGCUGCGCAGCGGCAGCGACGCGGCAGAGGCAGUGUCAUCUGAAUUUGGCCAAAAUCCCAAAAGUAACGUUAUUUCGAGCUCGAUCACCUUUGGCAAGGAUCCACACCAGCCCACAUGGGCUGAGGACAGGUGGCGCAGCAGGUGCAGCAGCGGAGGAGCAGAGCAGCAGCCGCAGCAGCGGCGGCGGCGGAGGAGCUGGCAGCAAUGGCCAACCAACUGGACGCCAAUGUCAAGGACGACCUAAAGACGCAGUUCGUCACCCGCGAGGGCACCUACCGCCUGCUGACCCUCUCCGAGUACUCACGCCCCAACCGGGUGGGCUACAGCAGCAACCAGAGCUCGCCGCAGGUGCGCGUCUCCAUGGUGACCCUGCCCAAUCCCAGCAAGCUGGGGGCGGAAACGGGAGCGGGCUCGCCCACUGCAGGAGCGGCAGUGACAACCACAACGAAUGGCGGCACAACCACGCCAGCAGCCUCGCCCACGGGAGGAGCAGGAGGAGCAUCUGGAGCCACUGCUACUGGAGGAGCAGGCGUCGGAGGUGCAUCAAUAACGAAUGGCGGCGCCGGCGGGGAUAGUAGCUAUAACCACACCAACAAUACCAAUGCUGGCAACAGCACAGUGGACGCCCGGUUGGGCGGCGGCAUCUCCAUGCACUCGAUGAUGAACGGCGGCGUUCUCGACCAGAAUGGAGUGGCCACCAACCAGGUGAUAGGAGGGGAUCGCAUCUGCUUCAAUUUCGGUCGAGAUCUCUACGUCUACUCCUUUCGUGGAGCCAAGAAGGGCACCGAGAUGAGCAAGCCGAUCGAUAAGAAGUUCUACAAGGGCACCAAUCCCAGCUGUCACGACUUCAAUGCGAGCGCAGCCACGCCCACGGGCGCGCCCCUGCUGGUGGGCUUCACCACGGGGCAGAUCCAGUUGGUCUCCCCGCAGGUCGGACCCCGGGAGGUGAGGAAGCUCUUCAACGAGGAGCGCCUGAUCGACAAGACCAAAGUGACCUGCCUGAAGUGGCUGCCCAACUCGCCACACCUGUUCCUCGCCGCCCACGCCUCAGGUCAUUUGUACCUGUACAAUGAGGAGCUGCCCUGCGCCGCCACGGCUCCCAGCUACCAGCCCUUCAAGCUGGGCGACGGCUACACGAUACUCACCUGCAAGGCCAAGUCCACGAGGAACCCGCUCUACAAGUGGGUCUUCAGCACUGACAACUGCUGCGUGAACGAGUUCUGCUUCUCGCCCUGCGGCACCCACCUGGCCGUGGUCUCCCAGGACGGAUUCCUGCGCGUCUUUCACUACGACACCAUGGAGCUGCUGGGCAUUGCGCGGUCCUACUUCGGCGGCUUCUUGUGCGUCUGUUGGUCGCCCGAUGGCAAGUACAUUGUGGUGGGCGGCGAGGAUGACCUGGUCACCGUGUGGUCCCUGCAGGAUCGUCGGGUUGUGGCCCGCGGACAGGGUCACCGCUCAUGGAUCUCGGUGGUGGCCUUUGACCCGUACACCACCUCCUAUACAAACUGGGAUGGAGGCGACUUCAGCGACGAUGAGAAUCAGAUGAACGAGUAUUCCAACUCGCGGGAGGCUCGCUUCUCCGGUGACUCGACGGCCAACGGUGGCUUCGACGGCUUCGAUCGCAACUCGACGCCUGUGCAUGCUGCUCGGAAUCGACCCCACUCCGCCUCCUUUCGCUCGGAUGCCUCGUCGGCGGACAAGCUGGCCAUCAGCUAUAGGCUGGGCUCCGUCAGCCAGGACACGCAGAUCUGCUUGUGGGACAUCACGGAAGAUGUGCUGCGUCAUCCGCUGGCGCUGAGGCAGCACGUGAACAGCGGCGAUCGGGGCUACCUCAACGGUACAGGCGGCCUCGAUGGAGAAGCGGAAGCAGACGGGGACGGCGUCAAGCUAAUCCGACCAGUUGCCAUGGGCCAGCCAAGUGGCCAGCAGGCGGAUUCCGGUAGCUGCAGCCCCACAAGGGAAACGGCGGGUGGAGUGGCCGGAGGGGGAGGCGGAGGAGGGAACGGUGCCGGCGAGCACAGCAAUAGCAGCUCUAGCAAGUUCUCCACCGCCAACUGCACGAUGUCGUCGCAAUCCUCCCCCGACGACUGCGAUACGGAAGCGGCCACCCCAGCCUCAAUGUCCUCGAAUGCAGGAGCGUCGUCCUCCUCAACGAAGCUGAAUAGUCGCCACCAGGGAACGGGAAACUCCAUCAAGUUCCCCAACUGCAUAAGCGCCACCAAGUCGGAUAGCAUCGAAGGCAGCGGGAGCGGCACUGCCCAGCGUGCCUCCCAGGCCACCUCGGGCUACAACAGCAAGACUUCCAACAGCUCGACCAAGUCCUCCUCCGGCUCGGGCAGCGGUUUCAGCGCCUUCAACAGCCUAACGCAGCGGCUAUCGAACUUCAGUUUCCUGAGCAGCUCGGACAAGAAGGCGGGAGUCGAGGGCGGCAGCCACUCCACGGCGCACCGCCAGCACCGCAAGGCCAUGAGCAUGCUGAAGAGCUACAAUCAGCAUAACCACAGUAACCACAACCACAACAACCACAGCCAGAGCAAUAACAGCAGCUCCUCCAUUCUGGAAACGGGGGCGACCGCGGCCAUCGGGAGUAGCUCGACGGCGCACAGCUUUGGUUCGCUGAAGCUCAGCCGUUCGUCGCACCACUCCUCGCUGGCCGCGGCCGCCCAGUCGUCCGGAUCGGGAGCGGGAUCGGGAUCGGGCGUGAGUAGCUUUGAUCCCAUGCAGCUUAUCGGAACGCCCGCCUGUCCGCGCUUCGACGAGUGCCCGCUGUUGGAGCCGCUGGUGUGCAAGAAGAUAGCCCACGAAAGGCUGACGGCGUUGAUAUUUCGCGAGGACUGCUUUUUGACGGCGUGUCAGGAUGGGUUUAUCUACACCUGGGCGAGGCCGGGUCAUGCCGCGCACGCCACACAGCACUUGUCGCCUGGUCAGACGGCGGCGGCGCCCGGCAGUACGGUAAUUUAGUUCAAUAAAGUGGACUUGGUCAACUAUCAGCGUAAUCUUGUCAAGCAGCAGCGGGAGCAGCAGCAGAAGCAGUCGGUGAUCUAGGUUAAAACUAGGCGAUUGAUUUUCGAUAAUUUAUUGAUAGGAGCAAGAGUUUUAAAGGUUUUUUAUGUUGCGUAUUUUGUAUUCCAAAUGUAGCCUAAAUGAGUUUAUGAACCACAAACACUUACACACACACACACACACCCGUAAUAUAUAUAUAUGAAUAUAUAUACAAUAUAGCUAUGUACAACAUAACUACGAUAAUAUCUAUACGCAGCAGCAUCAGGCAACAGAACAAAACGUAUAUGUUUAGCUCUAAAUUAUUAGUUGUAAAUGUAUUAUUUUUUUAGUACGUGGAAUUUGUUGAAAACAAAGCAAAGCAUGUUUAUAACUAUUUACUAAGCGCUAGCCUACACUCUACACAUAAUAAAAAAUAAAGCAAAAGAACGAAGGAGCCACACGGCAUUAGCGAGCUGAAAAUAAAACAGAAUCAAACGAUCGUUUGGAGGAUCUAA